CCCUUCGAUUGCGCUGUUGGUUUUGUCAAUCUUAUUACCACUUGCCCAUGGAGUGCUCAUGGAUGUACCGUGUUAUGAUGACUCGUGGACUUACUCAUCGUUUACUGGGAAGUGUUACAAAGAAAUGAUGGACUCGAAAAAGUUAACGUGGGAUAAAGCCAAAGAGCAGUGUUCGAAAUUUCUUGAGGGUGUUUCCACUGCCAAGGUCAGACUACUUCAGGUUAGAUCCAAGGAGGAAUCUAUGACUGUGGCGCGGAUAAUGCAGCAGGCUGGUUUCAUGGAAGCUGUUUGGAUUGGUGCAAGGCGAGGAGCAGGUACCGCUGAAUUCAAAUGGGAUGACGAGUCUGAGACAGCAGAUCUUUCAUUCUUCGAUUGGUCCGGAGGUGCCGGCCCGGGGGACUGCAUUGAGUUUUCCUACGAGACGGACACUAAUCAGGAUACGUCGAAAUGGGGACUGCAACUAAAUAUUCAAAACGUCGACUGUUCGUUUGAGAGGGCCUACUAUUGUGAACAUGAAGUUCUUCGAUGUCAAAAUCCUCCUGGCGGAUUUGAUGAACAGACAAUGCGGUUUGAACCAAGCACAACAGUUCCGAGAGCGCUUGUGACAGCAGUAUGCAAACCCGGCAAAUUCAUGGUUAAAAAGAAUAAACCGCCUGCCAUUUCUGGACCAGACGUGAACACGACGUUAAAGGAAGGUCAAUACUACUGCGAUGGAACGCGAAUAGGCAGCGGUGCUGCAGACCCCAUGAAAUUUCAGACACAGUUUAAGUACUCUGGUUACCCAGUAACCGAAUGUGACACUGUCAGGUGCAGUGAAACGGAAUUGCAAAACAUGAAGCCUAAAAACGCACUUCUUGCUAGCGCGAGAAACUAUGGGACCGACAAAGCUUACGGGCCUCAACAAGUCAAUGAAUUCAACUACUUCGGAAACGUGAUCACCGUUCGGUGUAUGCCCGGUUACCUUUUUCCAGACAGGGUCGUUGAGAAAGAGGUAUUUUGCGGCUUAAAAAAAGGAUCAGAAACAGAGGGACAAUAUUUCGGCUAUUCCGGCACUGUUCUACCCUUGCCUGAUGAGUGUGAAGUGACCACCUGCAUGUUUGAAAACGCCAUACUAAAGCCUGAGCAUAACAUGGAAUCCGAGUUUAUGGCCAACAACGCUACCGGGGUGUGGAAGAAUUUGACGAAGCAUGAAGGGAAACCGUACGCGCUCAAUGCCGAGUUGCGCUUUUUCUGUCAAUCCGGAUACGAAACAGUGAAUCAGAAUAGCGACCUGAACAUUACGUGCAGCAACAGUGGUAUCUGGACACCUCAACUAAUUGGCUGUAUUGAAAUAACGGAAAAACUCCCGGCUAGCAGUGAUGGACGCUUCCACGGGACAAAAGAAGAAGCCAAAUCUGCCAAGCAAGUGUCGUCGAUCAUGUUUAUCCUCAUCAUUAUCUUCCUCGGGUUUAUUGUCAUCUUGGACCUGACAACUGUGGGGCGCGAUACCAAAACCCUGGUUACUAAUAUGAAAUUACAGAAAAAGCGCAUCCAACUACAGUCUCAAAGACGUCAAGCUGAAAAAGAGGUGAGCUACAAUUUAACGGACUCAGAGCUGCAGAUCCGCAAUCGCAGUGACUGAUUUCAUGGUCUUCUAAGUGUCAUCCCAUCAAGUUUCAUUUUCACCCAUGAGAAUUCCCAAUUUUCAUCAUUAAAAUUCACAUACACAUAAGCAUUUCCCCCAGUUUUAUUGAGUUUAGUUUACUUUCGUUCUUCUCCGUUAUUUGCCGACACAUUUCAUUAUGACUACCGAGCUCCUGAAAACUUUCCUUCUAACUUUAUGAAUAAUCUGGAUGGAGAAUUUUGAAAGCACGACGUGCUUAAUUCCAGCUUUCCAUCUACCGCUUUUUACAACGCAUACUGUACGGUGAAUA